CGACAAUUUCCGAAAGCGACUUCCCUAUCUUGUUCCACAUCUUGCAUGUGACUUUUUUAGUCAUGGCGCUUUACCGGUAUUCCAAAAAGCUUUUCUUUUUAUUUAUUCUGUUAAAUAUUGCGGUACUCCGUGCAGAAAACACGGAGGAGAGCAUAGAAGAGCCUACAAAGGUUAGCCAUACGGAAAAACCAACAGAAGCCAACGAGGUUAGCCCCGAGGAAGCCCCUCAAACCGACGAGUCUGACGGGUCUGCUGAGCAUGCAAAUGGUUCAAUAUGCGGCUAUUGUUCUUAUUGUAAGGUAUGUAUUUAAAUAACGGGUAAUAUCGAGAGUCUACUUAGCAUAUAUGUUGCCGAGUCGUCAAUAUUUUUCCAUAUAAAAGGAUUUAGGGGAAUUAUAGUAAAAAUGUAGACAUUUCACAUAUUUGCGUUUCCGGCCGUCGGCCUUGAGUGGCCUUGCCGUGCGAGUUGGUACCGUCUUUGAGAGAUUCUUUUACAGCAUUUUGUAAAUAAGUGUUUGUUAUAAACCACCAGCAAAAAAUUGCUGUCAGUACUUUCAUUUUUGGUGGUAUUAACAUGCAGGCUGUAUACCCAGAAAAUGUAAGGCAUUCAGGUAAAUUAUUUGUAAAUAUGGGAUCAAGGGAAGCUGUGUUACUGUCUCCCCUUGCAUGCAUCCACCAAUUACUUGAAUGCCUUACAUUUUCUGGGUAUACAGCCCGUAUGUCAAACAGAGGAGAGAGGUUUGCCGCUGAAAAUUGAGAGGACUGAUUUUUACCACCUUGCCCCAAGGCGCUAUGUAACAUGCCAGGGUGCAUUCCAUGUAAACUCUAUGCCGGAGAUACCCCAACAUGUACGAUCCUUUACGCCAAUACAUCGGAGAUUUUCAAUUUCAACAUCAUAUUUGUGUAGUUAUACUAUCAAUUUACAUGUGGUCAUGAAAUCAGGCACAAACUAAUCACUUGUUUUCGAGUUAUCUCGCGCCAUUACACCAACAAUUUUGUAACCUCACGCCGGAUAUAUCUGGCGUGGAGUGCAUGGAAUGCACACUGGGUAACAUGUUCACAUGAAAUAUUCUGGAGGUGUUUACAGGUACGCAGAGAACGAUUGGAUGUAUACAAAAAAAUGUGAGGCUCCAUCUUGUACAUUUUCUUGCAAAAGUAUGAUUUCUUGCAAAUCGUUUUGUUUCUUGUCAUUAAAGACAUGUAGACUCAUUUCUGGGGUCUUAUUUCUAAACACGCCCUUCCUAUGAUGUGAGACUAGCCAUCAUUGAACCAUUAAGUCAUCCCAUCAACAGUCUUGUCUAGCUCCUCUUGUGAUCAUUUGUGAGUCAAGUUUUUUUCUGGUUAUUUUUAGUUUUGUAAAUUGUGCGAUAAAGAUUGCCCGUGUGAAACAAGUAAAUCGAAACCUAACUGUCAUUUAUGCAAGGUUAGUUUGUCAGGAGUUUUAACGCCCAUAAUAUUGUAUAGUAAUAGCUUUAUAGCUCACCUAACAUGAUUGAUAUGUAAGUGAAUUGAUUAAAAUAUUAAUUUCAACUUAUAUUUUACAUUUUAGUAUUGCAAAUAUUGCUAUUUAUGUUCUGCGUUAUGUGACACCGUCUGCCUCCCAGGUAAGCAAACUAUGAUAAUUGGCAUUGAUUUCUCCAAGUUUGCAAUGACAAUAAAAAGCAUUACCCCAAGUAUUGAACAUGCAUCCAUAUUAUGCUUAGUAUAGAUUAUUAAUCAGUCUAACUUUAAUACUUUUUUUAAUUCCAGGUGGUUUUGUAGACACAUUUUCAUCGGCAAUUUGGAAGUAAGUCCAAACUAAAUUAACUUUAUUUAUACUGGAUAACCCUAUCAGUUCUAUAGUACCCACAGAAAAGCAGCACUUUUUGGUAGAGUAAAACUGGAAGCACUCUUCUCACGUGCAUCCGAGACAAAAUAAUAAUCACGAAUUGAACCCAAAGUCACAGUUGUCAAAGACACCUGAUGUCGCUGAUCAGUCUAACAUUUUACAAUUUAUCUAGUUCGCUGCCAACAUUUGAUAGCAAGAUGAAAGAAUCUGUUGACAAGGACAUAGAUUCAGCGAAAGAGUGGAUCAAGGAAUAUUUGUAGCUUUGAAAAACACUGUAGCAACUUUUAAUUGUGAAUAGAAAUCUUGUAAUUACAACAUAUCUUGUUUAAUGUGAUAUUUAUGAUUAGGAAAUAAAAUAAAACAAAGAUUAAGCAAGCUUUUUUACCU